UUGCGGCGAGUGGUGGGGCAGUGUCGAACUCAAAUUCCUUUCAGAAACAUGCGGAUGUUUGAAAUAAAAUUUUAGAUGACACCUUAGAAGGAAACGUCAUUAAUGUUCCUAUAAAAAAUGAAAAAUUCUACUUGUCGGACCCGACCCAGCUGAAUAAGGCUCUGUACGAGGCACAAUCUAUGCAGAAUGGCAUUUUUCAGACAGUUGCAAUUAUUAAUAUGGAAAAAUUUGAUGUUACGAAAGAGGCAAAAGAUUCGUUGCACUGUUGAACUGUUAUGGCCGUUAGUGCUUUUCCUGAUUCUUAUGUGGGUUCGCACAAGAGAAUUGAAGAAGUAUAUACCAGAAUGUCAUUACCAGGAGAAACCUAUGCCAUCUGCUGGCUAUUACCACUUCCUUUAUGGUUUUAUAUGUGCAUUUAAUAACACUUGCCAUGGAUCAUUGGGAGACUCGUAUGGCAGCUUUCAAAACACAACAAAUAAAACACGAUUGUCUGCAGUAUUAGAUGAUGUACAGAAUGUCUUCAGAAAUGAAACUAUAGCUUAUAAACUUCAGUCACUGAAAGGAAUUGCUGACGAUGUAGAAGACUUAAGUAAAUUUUUUAGAAACCUCUCUCAUGGGCAGAAAUUGCAGGGUUUCAUCAGCAUUAGCAACUUAACUCAAGACGAAAAGAAAUUCAGACUGUUGCUCAGAAAUGCAGGAAUUAGCAGUGAUAAUAUAAAUAAAUUUGUGAGCUCCAAGAUAGCAUUGGAUCGCAUCUCUUUGCAACAUUUUCGCAUGCUGACGAGCAAUCCUGAGAUAUUUCUAUGCAAUGAGACAGUAUUAUCUGAAAUAUUGAUACCAGCAAGACCUGAAGACAUUCACAUCAUGUCUGAAGCAUUCUGUGAUAGCUACAACAGAAAUAUGACAAAUAUUGCGUCUGCUAUAGAGGAGCUGCAGAGUACUCCAGAAGCAGUUAAGCAGGCCAUUAAUGUCAUUGAAGAAAAUUUAGGAAGGAAUCUCAGUUGGGGUGAUUGGAAACAGUUCAACAGUCUAAUACAAAAUAUUUCAAGAGAUUUAUCAGAAUUAGAUUCAUUUCAACAAUCUUCUAAAGAUCUCAACAAGGCUAUGCAGGAAUACAGAGAAAUUUCUGCAAUUCUUGAGCAGCACAAUGUAUCUAAUGAAUAUGCGGCUUUCCUGAUGAUUCAGCAUUUUUUCUGUGGCAGAAGUACUGAAGCUCUGUUGGGAAUGUUAAAAUUUCACGAGGAUACAUCAGACAGGAUUGAUGAACUCCAGCAAAAAUUCAGUGGGCUGCAGUAUUCAUAUGAAACUUCAGUAAAUGAUACUGACAUUAGCCCCAAAUGUAAUGAAAUGUUCCAGAAGAUGAGCAGUAACCCUGCGAUUCAUCUUGUAUGGCGUCAAUUGAAGCCAUUCUUUCUAGGGAAAAUCCUGUUCACUCCACGUACUCCUGCUGUAGAGAGGGUGAUACAAAAAUUGAAUGAAUCUUUUGAGGUUGUAGUUCAAUUUAGGGAGCUGUUGCACUUUUGGAACAAUGUCUCCUUUCCUAUUAUUAAGAAAAAUUAUCAUAAUAUUACCUCUAAUAUGCAGUUCAUUAAGAAUUUCAUUAAUUCAAAAUCUGGCCAGUUGUUGAUAAAGAAUCUUUUAAAGAUGACUGGUUUACCUAACAGAUCAAUGACUUAUGAACAAGAUAUGCAGCUUAUGAACAGUCUCACAGACAGGCUUUUUAAUGUAACUGACGCAGAUUUUGAGACUAUAGAAAGUAUACAAACCAAUUUCAGUCUUUUCUUAGAGUGUUUUGAAACACACAAAAUUGAAGGAUUUGACAGUGAAGAAUCAGCUGCUGUAAGAGGAAUGGAAUUAGUUAACAAACAGAAACUUUGGGCCUUGGUGAGCUUCCUAGAACUGGACUCAAAUUUUUCUUUACCUACAUUUGUGAAAUACAAAAUCAGGAUGGAUGCCAGUAGAGUGGAUAACACAUUUCAGAUCGAAGACAGACUACCGAGACCUGGACCUAGAAGUAAUCCUAAUAUUGAUUUAAAAUAUAUAUCGUAUGGUUUUGCAUACCUACAAGAUAUCAUAGAACAUAGUAUUAUAAGUGAACAAACUGGCUCAAAUAGAACAAUUGGCAUUGUGCUUCAGCAGUUCCCAUAUCCAUGUUAUGUGAUUGACAGAUUUAUUCUGGCGAUCUCACGCCAACUUCCUAUGUUUAUGACCCUCUCAUGGGUGUACAGCUGUGCAAUGAUAACUAAAUCAGUGGUGUAUGAAAAGGAACAUCGCCUCAAAGAAACUAUGAAAAUAAUGGGCCUUGGAAAUAGCGUUCAUUGGUUAGGCUGGUUCAUUGACAGUAUUAUACCAAUGCUUUUAACUAUUAUAUUGCUAACUCUUAUUCUGGUUUAUGGAAAAAUUCUUGAACACUCAGAUCCAUCUGUAGUGUUUUUGUUUCUCCUACUAAACUGUGUUGCAACCAUCAGUUUGAGCUUCCUCAUAUCAACAUUUUUUUCAAGAGCAAAUUUGGCUGCUGCAGCUGGAGGAAUAAUUUUUUUUGUCUUUUAUUUACCAUAUCCAACUAUGGUCAUAUGGGAGCAGGAUCUCACUUCAACUCCAAAGAUAAUAGCAAGCCUGAUAUCUAAUGUAGCCUUUGGAUUUGGCUGCUCCUACUUUGCUCAGUAUGAGGAAUCAGGAAUAGGAAUACAGUGGCAUAAUUAUAAUAGAAGUCCACUUCUACAGGAUUCCUAUAACUUGCGUUAUGUGAUGGUUAUGUUGGUAUUUGACUCCAUUGUAUACUUUCUUCUUGCUACCUACAUAGAAGCAAUUCAUCCAGGCAUGUAUGGUGUACCAAAACCUUGGUAUUUUCCAUUUUCAAGAUCAUUUUGGUGUGGUACUUCAUCAGUAGAUGUACUGGAAAUUGGCCUGGAAAAUGGUUCAGCACUGAAGAGUGACAACAGUGAUAGUUUUGAACCUGAUCCAUUACAUCUCAGACAAGGAAUUUCUGUUCACAACUUGACAAAAGUUUACAGCAAUGGAAAAGUUGCAAUAAACAAUUUGACAUUAAAUUUUUAUGAAGACCAGAUUACUUCAUUCUUGGGUCACAAUGGUGCUGGGAAGACUACAACCAUAUCUAUUCUAACAGGCCUAUUUCCUCCAACUUCUGGAACUGCAACUAUAUAUGGUUUAGACAUUAAUCGUGAAAUGGACAACAUCCGCAAAAGUUUGGGAGUUUGUCCACAGCAUAAUGUUCUUUUUGAUAAACUGAGUGUUGAAGAUCACUUGUGGUUUUUUGCCCAAUUGAAAGAAUAUCCAAAGUACCAGACUUUGCAUGAAAUAGGGCAAAUGCUUGAAGACUUGAAACUUUCUGAUAAGAGGACAGCACUUGCAUCUGAAUUAUCUGGAGGAAUGCAGAGAAAGUUGUCAAUUGCUGCAGCAUUCAUUGGUGGCUCCAGGACAGUUAUACUCGACGAACCAACAGCUGGUGUGGAUCCAUAUUCGAGGAGAGCAAUCUGGGAAGUGCUUGUUAAAUACAAAACAGGUCGAACUAUUAUUCUGACAACACAUUUUCUGGAUGAAGCAGAUAUUCUUGGUGAUCGUAUUGCUAUCAUUUGUGAAGGAACACUGCGCUGUUGUGGAUCUAGUCUGUUCUUGAAAUCUAGAUUUGGAAAAGGUUAUUAUUUAACUGUGGAAACUGUCUCUUCAAGUAUAAGAGACCAUGGUAAUAAUUUUGGUUCACAGAAUUCCAGUGAUGUGGAAACUAUGGAAGCUGGAACAGAAGUUGCUCAUGCAACCAUAACUGAAUUCAUAAAAAGUAAAAUAGAGUCAGCACACUUGGUUCAGAGCUUAGGAUCAAGUUUUGUUUAUAUAUUGCCUCAGCGAUAUGCCACAGAUAAAUUUGAAGAAUUGUUAAGAAGUCUGGACGAAAUGUCGGAUCAACUAAAAAUCUGUUCUUAUGGAAUAAGAGAUACAUCACUUGAAGAAAUUUUUCUGAAUGUUUGUACAGAUGAGGAUUUUGAUUCACUCACUGAACCUGAGGACAGUGUGUACAUGAAAGGUUUUAAAAGAGCGAAAGUCCAUUAUAAGAAACAUAAAGAUUUGAGUGAGCCCACAGUAACAAUUAGUGAGCAGUCAACAAUAUCUGCAGGUAAUGAACAAGGUCUUCCUUUUUCUGGAAACAAUACCACUCUUCAUCAUGUUGAAUCACAAAGCAAACACAAGAUAGAAGACAGGCAUCCACUGAAACAGUUCUCAGCACUUCAUAUUAAACAUUAUAACCAUGCAAAAAGAAAUAUCAAAGGAUUAUUUUGUGAGCUUAUUUUCCCAGCCGUUUUUGUGUUUUUGUCCCUGCUUUUUACAUUUGUAUUUCCGGACUUGACACAGCAACCAGCAUUGGUUAUUGAUCCAUGGGUUUACGGAUUCCCAAAUUAUGUUUUUUUCUCCUCUCAAAAUUCCUCGUAUACAUCACAAAGGCUUGAGAAAGAGCUUACUGGACCCAUUGGGAUGGGAACAAGAUGCAUCAGUAAAUAUAAUGAAAUUGAAAACCAUUGUACAGCUAGAAGCAUUAAUAUGUCUUAUGAGCAUGAUGUUAUCUUAACACCAGUGAAGGAGCAAUGCUCUUGCUCUGGUGGCACUCCACAGUGUGCAAAGACAAACAAGUGGCAAGAACUACCAAGUGCAAAAGUUUCAACUGGUGAUACAGUGAUCAACAUGACAGGUCAUAAUGUGUCGGAUUGGCUUGUGAAAACCAAUAGAGAGUACUGGCGCAAGAGGUAUGGAGGUUUCACAUUUGGAAUUUCUGAUGUUGUCCAUAACUACGAGUUCAAUAAUGGACUUUCACUUACAAAUAAUACAUUCAACAAGAUCAUAUAUGAAAACAACAGCAUUACAAAUGGAGGGCAUAAUAGUGAUGAUACUAUGAAAACACAAGAAAUAAUAAAGGUUUGGUUUAACAACAAAGGAUGGAUUUCGUCUGUAGCAUACAUGAAUGCCAUAAAUAAUGUCAUACUAAGGAUGCUACUGCCAGAAAAUAAAAGUGAAGUUACACAUAACUUUGGAAUUCAGGUCAUUAAUCAUCCAAUGAAUUUUACUUUGAACCAGAUGACUGAAGUUUUAAACAUCAAGUCUGCUUUGAGUCUCAUCCGUGCAGUGUCAGUCAUAUUUGCUCUGAGUUUUGUCCCAGCAUCAUUUGUUGUGUUCCUGGUAGAAGAACGAGUCAGCAAAUUCAAACAUUUACAGCUGGUAUCGGGAGUGAAUCGCCUGGUCUACUGGCUUUCUGCAUUCACUUGGGAUAUGGCCAAUUACAUGCUGUCCGCAUUACUCUGUUUCCUCAUAUUUGUGAGCUUCAAAGAGGAGGCCUAUAUCUCAAAUGCAUCGGCUCUUAUUCUCUUGCUGUUUCUUUAUGGAUGGGCAAGCAUACCUCUUUCAUACCCAGUCAGCUUUCUUUUUUCUAUUCCAAGUACAGCAUUUGUGACUUUGGGCUGUGUCAACUUAUUUCUUGGUGUCAUCACAACAGUUGCUACGUUUAUGUUGGAGUUAAUGGAUGAUGAGGAACUGCAAUAUAUUGGAUCCAUAACAGGAAAAGUAUUUUUAAUAUUCCCUCAAUUUUGCUUGGGCCAAGGCCUUAUGAACAUGGCAACACAGCAUUUCAGUAGAAAAAUACUAUCUGCAUAUGGUAUCACUACGCAGUUGAAUGUGUUCUCAUGGGAUUUCUUAGGAAGAAAUUUCUUUUGCUUAUUUAUGGAAGGAAUACUAUUUUUCUUAGCAACACUGCUAAUUGAAUACAAAUACAAAGUGUUGAGAUCAGUAAGAAAUGUAAUCUCAAAGCUUUCUCCAGGGCAUUCAAACAAGUUAUACAAUAAGGAAUUUCCAGAGCCAACUGGCAAGAGGAAGGGAGAUGACGAUGUUGCUGAAGAGCAAUCCAGAAUUUCCAAGGGCAAUACUAGGAAUGAUAUUUUACUGCUGCGUGAUGUUUCAAAGGUCUAUAGAGGAAAUACUACUGCUGUUAAUCAAUUAUCAUUUGGUGUACAACCUGGUGAAUGUUUUGGUUUGCUUGGUCUUAAUGGUGCAGGAAAAACAACUACUUUUAAGAUUCUGACUGGUGACAUAGAAAUGACUUCUGGAGAAGUGUUUAUUUGUGGCAUUAAUAUUGACAUUGGUAUGGCACAAGCUCAGAAGCAUAUUGGUUACUGCCCUCAGUUUGAUGCACUUGAUCCUCUACUAACACCAAGGGAACAUCUGGAUUUGUACAACCGUUUGCGUGGUACUCCUGACAGACUGCGAAAACAGAUGGUGAAUAUUGGACUUCAAGAACUAGAACUAUCUGCUUACCAAGAUAGACUUGUGGGAACAUUAUCAGGAGGCAACAAACGAAAACUUGCUACAGCAAUAGCAUUAGUUGGUGAGCCAGCCCUUAUUUUUCUGGAUGAGCCAACAACAGGAAUGGAUGUAAAAGCUCGCCGUUUUCUGUGGACAUGUAUACAGCGAGUGGUUCAAAAGGGCCAGUCUGUUGUCUUGACAUCACACAGUAUGGAGGAGUGUGAAGCAUUGUGCACUAGACUUGCUAUAAUGGCAGAUGGACAGUUCACUUGUUUAGGGAGCCCACAACACUUAAAAAAUAAAUAUGGAGAAGGUUACAUCCUGCUAGUGCGCGGAGAAACUGGAGUAUUUGAUUCUGCAUUGGAAUUUGUGAAACAGUAUUUACCUGAGGCAGCACUGAGGGAAAUACAUUGUAACCAAGCUAAAUAUCAGAUUCCUCAAAACACGGUGAACUUGGCCAAAAUUUUUCAUGAAAUGGAAGUAUGUCGAAAGUCUGGUUUUAUACAGGAUUAUUCUGUUUCACAGACUCAACUGGAAGAGGUGUUCUUGCACUUUGCAAUGGAGAAUAUGGGUUGAGAACGAUGCUCACUAAGGUGUCCAUGUGACAAAAGAAGAUAUUGCAAGGCUUUGAGAAUCUCCAAUGGAUAAAAAAUAUUCUACUUAGAAAUUUGAUCUGAUAAGCUGUCACGUGGACAGUACCAGUUCUUCAGAGCAACCCGAAAUCAUUGGUCUUUUGCAGCUGAACAUGAACCUAUAUUAGCCACCUGUGGAGUUACACAAGUAUUGUUUGUCUGAAAGAUCUCACUAACUUAUAAAUUAUUAUGCAACUAUUUAUUCAGAAACAUUACAAUUGAAGCUUUCAGAAAGCUGUGGUGCUGUCUAAAUAUGCACUUCUUCAGACAGUUUUGAUUUUUUUAUAAUGUAAUAUUUUUUUGGUGCUCACUAUCAUAAUGUGCCUUAACAGUAUUCGUCAAAGAAAUGUGUCAGUAUUUUUAUAUACGUAUUGCUGCACUUUAUUUUUGGCAUGUGAUAUUGUGCAUUAUGUGUGCAUUUACAGUAUUCAUUGUUAGAGAUUGAUCUGAAAACUUGUAUUAAGGUACUUAAUAUUUGUGUUUUUGCACUAUUGUGUGUUCUGUUGGCACAAACUGUUAAUUAAAUAAAAUUUUACUCCACGUUUUAA